GCGCGAGUUGACCUACCCUGAACUGCUCACGUGACCGACCUUGUACACUUUGAAUUCGUGUUUUCACAAAUUCGAAACUGUUCGUGAUGCGUCGGUCGAACAAAUCACACAAGGUUCCCAACGUCAAACUUCGACCAGCUCAACCGCAAUCCCGCCAUGCCCACCUCACGGACGCGCCAUAUGACUACAGCUCAGACUCCGAACAAGUCCCUCCCAAUGCGAGUAUGGUCGACCUGUGUCCUAGACCGUUCACAGGAGUUACCAUCUGCGCAACGGGUACCAUGGACAAGCCUACUUUGUUUAAGCAAGCAUUUGAACUAGGGGCAACAUCUACCAGCGACUUCACGGACAGGGUGACCCACUUACUAGCCAACAGCCAUGGCGGGGCCAAGUAUACGUGCGCGCUAGAACGCAAAAUACCUAUCAUGCGUCCCGAGUGGAUAACAGAUGCACAUCAAGUCUGGUUGCGUGGAGAUGACGUGGACCUAGCAGAGACCGUCUCCGGGUACCGCCUCGCCAUAUUCUCUGGCGUCACACUCUCACUAUCAGGUAUCGACGACCUCGAGCAACGCGCAAGCAUCAACCGUGCCCUCACUAAACACGGUGGUUCAUAUGUCAAAGCCAUUGAACGCCCUGUGAAGGUUACACACCUACUAUGUGCGGGCGACAAUGAGACUGAGAAGAUGCGCUACGCUGACAAGUUCAACAAACGUGGGGAGGCAAAGAUAUACGUCGUAUGGGAGGAGUGGUUCUGGGACUGCUUGGAAUUUGGAGGACGCUUCGAGGAAAAACGCUACGCCGUGACACGGCCGAGGCCGGAGAGGAAGACUGCGGACGAAGUAGAGGUUACCACCUCAAUACCAGUCCGCGACUCCGCCCCAGGCACACACCCUUCGAAUGCGAUCCCUGUUGACGGGCAUCUACCCAGGACACCCGCACUACCGAAACCCAGUCUCGAACAUGACCUAGCGGAUGAAGAGGAACCUGCUUCCCUCGCACGCGCUCCAGUUCGCGCAGUGACGCUUCAGCUCUGGGGGAGUCUCUUACGUCCACGGGGCUUCGAGCUUGAUGCAGUUGGUAACAAGCUCGUGCGCAGUCCUUCGAAGUCACAGUCAGUGGCUGGCCUACCGACGUCGCCAACACGAUUACCAGCACGGCUCAUGCCUGAUGCGCGAGCGAAAUACAAAGAGCAGGAGAGAGAACUGCAGGGGAAACCCAGCGUAAUCUCGUCAUUUAGGCGCACUAAUUCAUUUGCACCACCCACGAAAGAGCUGGUGACGCGCCAGCCGUUCAGGCGGACAACCACGAUUGCAGUUCUGGGACCCGAGGACGCAGAGGGGAGCGAAGCACCCCACCGACCUGAGGUGAAGGAUUCGUCAAUGGCGACACUCUUUUCGGGCUACCGCUUCAGUCUACUCGGGGAGGCGAAGUGUGUGAAUGUACGCACCGCCAUUGAGAAUGGGGGAGGUGUGGUCAUGGAUGAAGAUGCAGAUAAUGUCGAUUUUAUUGUGGUGCGACUCAUUAGUGGGAGUAAACUCUACCAAAACGAGCCUGAUGAGACGUUGCGUGCCAAAUAUCGCACAGAAUGCUGGCUCGAACACUCGGUUUUCCAAGAGCGAAUAUGUGAACCACACGAAAAUAUUUCAUUCAUGCCCCUUACCCUUCCCUGUCCAAUACCUAACGCUGGACAGAUUAUUCUAAGUCUUUCUGGACUCGAUCAGUCUGAGCUAUGCUGGACAAAACGUUUGCUGCGUGCAUUGGGCAUAACGCUUGCCCAGACAUUCUCCCGACGUUCGACGCAUCUACUCUGUCCAAGUGCGUGUGGUGCCAAAUAUGACAAGGCAAAAGAGUGGACCAUUCCCGUCGUUGGCAUGGCGUGGCUGGAGGAUAUGGCGACAGAGGGGAAGGUGCCUGACGUCAGCGAAUAUAUCAUCGGCGAUGUCGGCGGUCGCAUGGCAAAGGGUAAGGCGAAGGAGGAUGUGCAGAUGAUGGUUACUACUAAGGGUAAUAGCAAACCCGUCCCUCCGCUAUUCACAAAGAAACCAGAUCUCUUACAAGACUUCCGAACACCUACUCUCCUUGAUAUUGAGCAUGCCCCGCCGGCCACAUUCUUCGCCAAGUCGAACGGCUUACUCGACGACGCUCCGUCGCAAGGUGAGUGUGACGACGGGGUGCGGUUCUCAGCUUCUCCGCCUUGCCUGCCACCGCAGAGCAGCUCUCCUCCACUUGAAUAUGUAGCAGCGCCCCCUGUAUGCCAGAGACUACCUCUAUUACCCUCUGAAGACAUCAAUCCUCCAAUACCUUCCUUGGAUGUAAACGGACGCAUACCCUCUUCCAGCUCACCCUCGCCAAUGAAGCUCCCGCCAAGCUCAGAUGCACGGCUGACGUCCGAACCGUCGCCAGUGCGAGUGCCUCAUCCGCGAGACAUUGCACGCGAGCUGCAGGAGAGUUUGACUACGCUGCUUGGGAAAAGACAGAUGUCAGAGGAUGAUGUUGUACGCCCGGAGCAACGAAAGGGCAAGCGGCCGCGACCACAGCCGCGUUCCAAGGUGCAAUCUCGGCAGGAAUCACGCGAGACCAUCACUGGCGAGUCUCCGGCGCGACUUUUGCUGCCUCCCCAGCCCAUGUAUUAUGAUGCGAUGAGCCUGCUGGACGGGAGUGCGCGACCGAGCGAUGAUAGUCUACGCGUGACAUAUGAAGAUCCCGGGCAGGAGGCGGAGAAGCGGAAGCUGAUGGCUUUGCUUGGGGAGGAGAGUGUGGGUGGGAAGAGGAGAAGGAAGAGCACCAGGAUAGCGGGAUUUUGAUAUGCAUCCAAGUGUAGUGCUUGUUAUACCAUCUAGUCACCUACGGUGCUGCAUUGUACUAGUUGACUGUCACUGAUCUGUCAGGCAUCAAUGAGACCGCCGAAGUUUCAAAUUCCCA